CUGUCCCUGGCUGUUGGCAGGCGGCGCGGAGAGGGGGCCCGGGUCUCCCGGCUGGUAGCUCCCGCCUCCGGGCCGCGGCCGCACCGGAUGAGACCUUCAUUCUGGCUGGGGAACGAGACCUUGAAGGUGCCAUUGGCGCUCUUUGCCCUGAACAGGCAGCGCCUGUGUGAGCGGCUGCGACAGAACCCAGCCGUGCAGGCCGGCUCCGUGGUGCUGCUGCAGGGCGGGGAGGAGACGCAGCGCUACUGCACCGACACCGGGGUCCUCUUCCGCCAGGAGUCCUUCUUUCACUGGGCGUUUGGUGUCACCGAUCCAGGCUGCUACGGCGCGAUCGAUGUCGGCACCGGAAAGUCGACCCUGUUUGUGCCCAGGCUUCCUGCCAGCUAUGCCACCUGGAUGGGAAAGAUCCACUCCAAGGAGUACUUCAAGGAGAAGUAUGCCGUGGAUGACGUCCAGUAUGCAGACGAGAUCGCCAGCGUCCUGACAUCGCAGAGCCCCUCUGUGCUCCUCACUUUGCGUGGUGUCAACACCGACAGCGGCAGCGUCUGCAGGGAGGCCUCCUUUGAGGGCAUCAGCAGGUUUAAUGUCAACAACACCAUCCUUCACCCGGAGAUCGUGGAGUGCCGGGUCUUUAAGACGGACAUGGAACUGGAGGUUUUGCGUUACACCAACAAAAUCUCCAGCGAGGCCCACCGGGAGGUAAUGAAGGCCGUAAAAGUGGGAAUGAAAGAAUAUGAGAUGGAAAGCCUCUUCGAGCACUACUGCUACUCCCGGGGCGGCAUGCGCCACAGCUCCUACACCUGCAUCUGCGGCAGUGGUGAGAAUUCGGCCGUGCUGCACUACGGACAUGCCGGGGCCCCCAACGACCGGACCAUCCAGGACGGGGACAUGUGCCUGUUCGACAUGGGUGGGGAGUAUUACUGCUUCUCUUCUGACAUCACCUGCUCCUUCCCUGCCAACGGCAAGUUCACCGCAGACCAGAAGGCCAUCUAUGAGGCGGUGCUGCGGAGCUGCCGCGCUGUCAUGAGCGCCAUGAAGCCAGGGGUCUGGUGGCCUGACAUGCACCGCCUGGCUGACCGCAUCCACCUGGAGGAGCUGACCCACAUCGGUGUCCUGACCGGCAGCGUCGAUGCCAUGGUCCAGGUCCACCUGGGAGCCGUGUUCAUGCCUCAUGGGCUCGGCCACUUCCUGGGCAUUGAUGUGCACGACGUGGGAGGCUACCCCGAGGGCGUGGAGCGCAUCGAUGAGCCCGGCCUGCGGAGCCUGCGCACCGCGCGGCAGCUGGAGCCCGGCAUGGUGCUCACCGUGGAGCCGGGCAUCUACUUCAUCGACCACCUUCUGGACGAGGCCCUGGCCGACCCGGCCCGCGCCUGCUUCUUCAACCGUGAGGUCCUGCAGCGCUUCCGCGGCUUUGGUGGGGUCCGCAUCGAGGAGGACGUCGCGGUGACCGACAGCGGCAUGGAGCUGCUGACCUGCGUGCCCCGCACGGUGGAGGAGAUCGAGGCCUGCAUGGCAGGCAGCGACAAGGCCUUUACUCCCUUCUCUGGCCCCAAGUAGAGCCAGCUGGGGGCACCCAGUGGGACCAGGGCCUCGUCUUCAGGACGGGCAGCCUUCUCAUGGGCAAGACGGGCGCCCAGAGAUCACAUGGCCGUGUCCGUGUUCAAUCACGCUGAUUCCUCGGGAGAAGAUCUUUCUUAACCUUCUGCAAGAUCACACCUCAGUCUGCUAUUACUUUGCUUGAAUGACAGUGGCUUUUAAAACACUAAUGGAAAAUAGUUCUGUGCUUUAGUAGCAACUAAAAUGUGUCUUGCUGUCAUUUGUAUUCUCUGCUCAGGGAAGAUCCAUUUCCAGUGUUUUCUCUCAAAAAUCGAUAUGCAGAAUGGAAUUUACAAUAAAAAGUUUCCAAAAAUGG